GAUUGAUCUUCCUGCGGGGAUUUCCAGCGUAAUCGGUCUUUUUGUUGCUCAUACGGUUUCUUCUGCAUCAUCGGAGAAACUUUCAUUCUGUAUCAUCGGAGAAACUUCAUCAGUCGAGAGGAGUCCAUUCGCCACAGUUUGAUGAAGUAAAACAUCAAAAAUGAAGUUGAUAGUAAUAGCAGUAAUUUGUGUAAUUUGUGCCUCUCUGGUGUCAGGUUUGAAUAUCAAUGAUGACUGUAUCACUCCGUGUAAUAAACCCGGUAAAUGUGUAUCGGUGAGAAAUUGUGAUUUUUCUCUCCAAAUUGUGCGUAAGGAAGAUGCAACAUAUGAGGAUUCUCUAUACUUGGAAAACAGUAAGUGUGGAACUCAUCCGGGACCACCACCUGUUCCACUGACAUGCUGUCCAGCACUGCUCAAUCCGAAAGAAUGUGGUGUCAUUGAUUUAACCAACCGAAUUUUUGGAGGAGAACCCACGAAACUUGAGGAACAUCCAUGGGCUGCUCUACUCAUUUACGACAUUUACGAAAACAACACUCUAGUGCCGAAAUGCGGAGGAUCGCUACUAAAUUCACGUUAUGUGCUGACUGCUGCACACUGCAUUGAGGAUAUUCCAAAGCGAUGGAAAUUACGAUACGUACGAUUCAGUGAGUGGGAUGCUAUUAGUAAGGAAAACUGUACAAUUGUAAAUGAAAAUGAGGAAAUCUGCCGACAGGAGUAUGAAGUUGAAGAAAUUAUUGUUCAUCCAGAAUAUAACAAAACGGUUAGAAACAAAGUUCAUGACAUUACUCUGUUGAAACUAGCAAGAGAUGUCCAGUUCAGCAAGUAUGUCCGACCAAUCUGUCUUCCUUUUGACGAAACUAUCCGGAAUCUGCCUAUCGAUGACGAAGAUUUUACUGUUACCGGAUGGGGUCAAACAGAAACAGCUGUGCGAAGUGGCACUCAACUACACGUUGAUAUCAUAGGUAAAUCUCUCGAAGUAUGCAACGAAAAAUUUUCAAUUGCAAACAUUACACUGGCUGAUACGCAAAUUUGCGUGGGCGGAGAGAAGGGUAAAGAUUCAUGCAAAGGUGAUUCCGGUGGACCAUUGAUGAGACUUGUUAAUAGUGUUUGGUAUCAAACGGGAGUCGUCAGCUUUGGAAACAGAUUCUGCGGCUCGGAAGGAUUCCCUGGAAUUUAUACAAACGUUGCUAAAUAUUUAAAGUGGAUAGAACAAGAUGUUAACAAAAGCCACUGCACGGAUGUCGAAUCCGAAGAAGAUUAAAAAAAUACAUCGUAAUGCUGCUUUUUUUUUAAUGAAAAGAACGUAGAGCAGCAAUAAAACAUUAGAGCUGAAGGAAAACUU